GGACGAGACUGGCGGAAACCGGAAAAUAUUAAGUAAUAUGGAAGAAGAGAGAAGACGGAACACAAAAAAGUUCAUUUCAAAACAACUGAGCGACAUACUUGUUAUCUAUGUAUGAUUUGUUUGUAUUUGGUGUAUUUGUAGCGUUAUCUAAUUCGAAGAACUACAGUGAGCCCAUCAGGUCUUUGGGGAUGAUUUCUAUUGAUGCCACGCAAAGCUUCAAGGACAGACAAACCUUCCCUGCUGUUCCUGGAACGGACUUUGAGUGGAGCCAGACUCCAAAAUGGGCCUGAAGUCCGAGCAGCUCUCAAUCCCAGAGAGUUCUUCACAGAGACACAAGCACACAGCAGCUCAGCUCACAAAUCUUGGAUAAGCCCUCAAUUUGACAGCACACUUGCAGCUGCACCCCCAGUGAGACGUGGGAGAAGAAAAUGCCACUCCACCACGAGCGUCUUUGACAAUUCCACUCAGCUGAUCAGGAAAAACAGUGUGUGCAAAUUCCCUGCAUUAUCAUUUCAGACAAGGCAAGGAGACCAGACUCAUCAUCCGAAGAGAACACGCAAGAAGAAAGCUACAGAGUCUACUACAGGGUCUGAUGUGGGAAAUCAACCACAGGGAUCACUCCAAAUCAGUAAGACGGUUUCAAGUGUGAAGUGCGAAGAGACACCAAAGAGACAAUUAACCACAAUCAGAAAAAGAAAUGUGGAGAGGUGUUCCGACGCCGCGUCAUCCUCAAACAGAUGUGUGGAAGGGCCCGAAAUCCAAUCUGUCCAAGCGACUGAGAGAUGUGUAGUCCCAGCACAUGGUGCUUCAGCACUUGCCCUAAAUGAUUUCAGCACCACUGAGGUCAGCAGCAUUGGACUCCCUCCUGAUGUGGACACUCCAAAAGUAAUUCAAGAAGGGAUCAGCUGCCUCUCCUCCCAGUCUUUACACCUGCUACUGCCUCAGCCAUGCACACCGCCGGGUUAUCAACCACCUGACAUUUUGGUGGCUGAUACACCAGAGAGGGAUUAUGGUGUCAAGGUGACAUGGAGGAGGAGGAGGGGUUUGAUGUUGUUGCUAAAAGACAGGGACCAUCUCUCAGAUUCAGAUGUGUUAGUGCACAGCUGAUGGGGAGACAUGUCAAUAGAAGAAGACAGACAUUUUUUAUCAGAUCACCUUUAUGACCAGAACUCUUAUUAACUUUUAUAUUGCACUGAAUGAAACUGCUGCAUCUAAAGCGAUGAACACCCAUUACAUUCAGAGACUGUUUAGUUUAACUUUUAUCAAGCCUGAAGCAAUGCAAAAUAUCAGAACUGUAAUAAAUACUUGUCUAAUUUUUG